GGGCUGUUCCCCCGCUUCCUUCUCCAUGGCCGGGAGGAAACUGUGGGGCAGAAGCAGCGGCAAGGCAGGCCGGAAGCUGGUGGGGUGACGGGGAGAGCGGGGACUCGCUUUUUUCCUUUUCCCGCCUCCCUCGUCCCACCUUGCCCUUCUCUAGGCCUUGCCCGGCUUAUGCAGAACCCUAAACAAAAUGGGGCUGGUUUAUUCAAGAGCAGAGAAGGCUGCGAGUUCUGAACCAUUUUUCUGAAUAAUUUGUGACGCAUGCACAGCCCUGGUGCUCAUAGUGCCUUUGCUGCCCAGUGUCAAAGCAAGGCUUAACCUUCCUUCUUGUGCCAAAGAGGAUGAUUGAAGAUGGCUAUUUUGGGGAUGUACGGCAGAGAUGCAUGAAGUGCCUUAGCCAAAAUAACCCCUGGCUCUAGAUGGAAAAUUGCAAGUCACUGUUAAGAGAUGGUUCAAGAAAAUCUACCUCACGGAUUCUGUUUGUUUGCCCAUGUGCUGCAUCACUGGAGAUCUCAACAGGAACUUGUCAGUUAUUCUUGAAAGUCUCAGGAGAACAUAUGGACAUCAGGUCAAUGUAUUACACUCUAGGAAUGGGUCAAAAUAUGAAGCAUUCUUGAUUCAGCAGGCCAAUCUAUCACCAAUAAACGUGUUAAGAAAGCUUAAAAAGACUUCAAAUAAUACCCUCUGUAGUUUGUUCUUAAUUAUUCAGGAAAUGGUAGCUUGACCUCUUCUGAAAACAACUGACUUCUCUAAUCUCGUCUUGGAAAUAUUAAAUGGAAUGCAGUCAUGUCUACACAGGAGGAAAUACAGAUCAAUACAGAAUAUGCUGUAUCCUUAUUGGAACAGUUAAAAUUGUUCUAUGAACAGCAGUUGCUAACUGACAUUGUUUUAAUUGUUGAGGGCACUGAAUUCCCAUGCCAUAAGAUGGUUCUUGCUACAUGUAGCUCUUACUUCAGGGCAAUGUUUAUGAGUGGGUUGAGUGAAAGCAAGCAAACGCAUAUUCAUCUGAGGAAUGUGGAUGCAGCCACUUUACAGACCAUAAUAACUUAUGCUUACACGGGUAAUUUGGCAAUAAACGACACAACAGUUGAACAGCUUUAUGAAACAGCUUGCUUCCUACAGGUAGAUGACGUGUUACAUCGGUGUAGGGAAUACUUAAUUAAAAAAAUUAAUGCUGAAAACUGUGUACGGCUGUUGAGUUUUGCUGAUCUUUUCAGCUGUGAGGAGUUAAAACAGAGUGCUAAAAGGAUGGUAGAACACAAGUUUACAGUUGUGUACCACCAAGAGGCUUUCAUGCAGCUCUCACAUGAUCUGUUGAUAGAUAUUUUGAGUAGUGACAAUUUAAAUGUGGAAAAAGAAGAGACAGUUCGUGAAGCUGCUAUGUUGUGGCUGGAGUAUAAUACAGAAUCUCGAUCACAGUACCUGUCAUCAGUUCUUAGCCAGAUAAGAAUUGAUGCACUUUCUGAAGUUACACAAAGAGCUUGGUUUCAAGGCUUACCACCGAAUGAUAAAUCGGUAGUAGUUCAAGGAUUGUAUAAAUCCAUGCCGAAGUUUUUUAAACCAAGACUUGGAAUGACUAAAGAGGAGAUGAUGAUAUUCAUUGAAGCUGCUGCUGAAAAUCCUGGUAAUCUUUACUCUUCAGUAUGUUACAGCCCACAGGCUGAAAAAGUUUACAAACUCUGCAGUCCUCCUGCUGAUCUCCAUAAGGUUGGGACACUUGUAACUCCUGAUAAUGAUAUUUAUAUAGCAGGUGGGCAAAUCCCAGUGAAAAACACAAAAACCAACCACAGUAAAACUAGCAAACUUCAAGCUGCCUUCCGUACUGUGAAUUGUUUUUACUGGUUUGAUGCUCAGCAAAAUACAUGGUUUCCAAAGAGUCCGAUGCUGUUCGUUCGUAUAAAGCCAUCUCUUGUUUGCUGUGAAGGCCAUAUCUAUGCAAUUGGUGGAGACAGCGUUGGUGGAGAACUCAACAGAAGAACUGUGGAAAGAUAUGAUACUGAGAAGGAUGAAUGGACCAUGGUAAGCCCUCUACCCUGUGCUUGGCAGUGGAGUACAGCAGUUGCUGUUCGUAACUGCAUUUAUGUAAUGGCACACAACUUGAUGUACUGUUACUUCCCCAGAUCAGAUGCUUGGGUUGAAAUGGCCAUGAGACAAACCAGUAGAUGCUUUGCUUCAGCUGCUGCUUUUGGGGAUAAAAUAUUUUAUAUUGGAGGCUUGCACGUUGGCAGCAACUCUGGUAUAAGACUACCUACUAGCACUGUAGAUGGGUCUUCCGUAACAGUGGAAGUUUAUGAUGUGAACAAAAAUGAAUGGCAAAUGGCAGCCAAUAUUCCUGCCAAGCGGUAUUCUGACCCCUGUGUCAGAGCUGUUGUGAUUUCUAACUCUUUGUGUGUCUUCAUACGAGAAACUCAUAUGAAUGAGAGAGCCAAGUACGCUACGUAUCAAUAUGACUUGGAACUUGAUCGUUGGUUCUUGCGACAGCAUAUAUCUGAGCGGGUACUCUGGGAUUUGGGAAAAGAUUUUCGAUGCACUGUGGGAAAACUGUAUCCAUCUUGUCUUGAAGAGUCCCCGUGGAAACCUCCGCCAUAUCUGUUUCCUUCUGAUGGGGCUGAUGAGUUUGAUCUUGAUGGGGAGAUGGUUACACUGCCACCUGUAUAGCUCCCAUAAUUCAGAGACUGCAUGCCUGUAACUGAUUAUGAACAUUCUGAGAGAAUAGGGCUGGAAAAUGAAAUGUUAAGCUGUCUUGUAUGUAUGCCCUAUCUAAUUUUUUUGUGGCCGUUGAGUGUAAAUCAGUAAAAAUUAUUACUAGAUAUGCUUCCAUAAUCUGAAACAAUCCCUCUGAUAGUUGAUGGGAUCAUAUAUAUAUGUGUGUGUGUGUGAGUGAGUGAGUGAAUGAUUAUAUAUAUCGUAUGAUCAUAUGUAUAUCUGUAUUUAUCUACACACACACACACACACGUGUAUAUAUAUAUAUAUAUAUGUAUAUAUGUAUAUAUAUAUCGAGCUUAAAGCCUCUGCUUAUUGUCUAAAUUUUUAGUCCUGUGAAAACAUUUAGUUCUGGAACUUUUCACAAAGCAGCUUCUAUUUCUAGGAUGUUAUAUUAAUUGCUCAAAGUAUCUUCCAGUUAUAUUUGAAUGAGUUCUGGAAAUAUCUGUAUGUGCUAGUUAUAUAGAUUGUGUGGCCUAAUGGAAUGUGCUGCACUCAAUACACAACAGCUGUGUUGGUGUAAUAAUGCCAUGUAAAAGAAUAAAAUCCCAUGGAUCUACCUGUGGUAGGAAGGGUAGAUCUUCCAUUUUAUGGUGACAUGCAGGGCAAAAUGACUGCAGGUUCAGUCAAGCUAUGAUGAUGAUGAUGAUGAUGAUGAUGAUUAGAUGCAUGUAUUUUCACUAACUUAUACCUGUCUGUUUAGAAUACAGGUCUUCCGAGCAGCUGGUAGUUUACCAGGUGUGAACUGACAUUGCUGGGCUUGCAGUAAGAAUUGCCAGCCCUUCCUAGUGCGGGUCUGUGUGGAGCUUUUGAUCAGCAAAUAGCUCCACAUUCUGUAUUUCAGAAACAUUGGCUCAUGAAUAUUACUUCCUGCUGCUUAUUUUCCCCUGCCCCAGUGUAAACAAAGGUAUAGUGUGAAUUAACCAUGUCUUUAUUUUUGUUAAUUUAACAUUACUGUAGUAUGACUUUGUAUAGAUAUCCUUACACUGUUUGUCUUUUUUUUUCCCUGUGGGGUGGGGGGAGAGAAACUUUGUUCAGGAAUACUUUGUGCAGAAGAGCAGUUGCCUGGUGCUGCUCUGGCAUUAAUCCCAGGAACCACUAGCAGUAGCAGGGCACCACCUAUCUCACACGAGCACAGGUGCUUCAUGAUGGAUCAUACUAGCAUGUUCAGUUCUGUCACUGUAUUUUGAAUGAUAUUAAUUUAUUAAAAAAUGAAUCAGUUUGUUCUUUUUUUCCCACAA